AUGCUGGACAACAAGGAUUCUCUCUUUUGUAACAAUAAAGCAUCAAAAAAGAGAUAUCUCCAGCUCUUCUACAUUUUGGGGAUCCUUUCUUUGUUCAUAAUUUUUUGUCUACCUGGGAAGACCACUUAUCUAUCCAUCACAUCCAUCACAUCCACAUUCAAUUCUUCCUGGAUAGGACAACUUGUAUUCCAGCGCAUUGCCCCUAAUUCUAACUUGUCCUCUGAGGCUAUUGAUGCUGGAAUAUGGACUGUGAACUCUAUUGGGCGUUUUGGGAACCAGAUGGGACAAUACGCCACCCUUUAUGCCUUAGCCAAGCUCAAUGGAUAUCAAGCCUACAUCCAUCCAAAAAUGCAUUCAGCUCUAUCACCAGUCUUCAAGAUCACUUUGCCUGUGCUCUCUGCUAAGGUGUUUAGAAGGAUCCAAUGGAGGAGAGUUUAUUUGCAUGAUUGGAUGUCAGAGGACUAUCGUCACAUCCAGGGGAAAUAUGUCCAAUUGAUGGGCUACCCUUGUUCUUACACCUUUUAUCACCACAUCCGCCAGGAAAUACUAAAGGAGUUCACUUUCCAUGACCACAUCAAGAAAGAGGCCAAUCACUACCUGCAAAUCUUGCGGGGGAAACAUCAGAAUGUGACAUAUGUCGGAGUGCAUGUCCGGAGAGGGGAUUAUGUGAAGGUAAUGCCCAAAACCUGGAAAGGUGUGGUGGCUGACAAAGGUUACUUGGAGAAAGCCAUGGACUACUUCAGAAAUAAAUACCUCAAUCCCAUCUUUGUGGUCACCAGCAAUGGGAUGGAGUGGUGCAAGAAGAACAUUGAUGCCUCCAGGGGGGACGUUUACUUUGCUGGGGAUGGGAAGGAAGCCUCCCCAGGAAGGGAUUUUGCUCUCCUUGCUCAUUGCAACCACACAAUCAUGACCAUUGGGACUUUUGGUAUCUGGGCUGCUUACCUAGCAGGUGGGAAGGUUGUUUAUUUAGCCAAUUAUACCCUCCUGGACUCUCCAUUUCUUAAGGUCUUCAAGCCCUCUGCAACCUUCUUACCUGAGUGGAUUGCAAUCCCAGCUGAUCUUUCCCCAUUGAUGCCCAAAUCAUCUGUACAAUCCUAAAACCCAUAAGUAUCUGUCCACCCAUAAGGUCG